AUGUCGACACAGUUACCUCCCCCGUCAAAACGACAAAAGACUGCGGCCGCCGCCCGGGCUCGCGAACAGGUCGAGCCCGAGCAGAUGCCCGAUGGCAUCCAGCGCAUUCAAUUCAUCGACGCCGACUCGGGCGAGUCUCAAGGACCCGUAGUCACUGUACCUCUGUCAGAACUGUCGCCCAAGAACCUCUCAUUGCUGUUGAACACUCUCCUCGGCCGCGAAGACCCCAGCGAGCGCCUUCCCUACCGUUUCUACGAUCCCCUCGGUACCGGCGAUUUCGAUCAGCAAGCCAUCAUCUCAGCCUUCCUGUCUGGCGACUCGACAACCGAAGUCCAGCUUAAUAUCCCCUGUCGCGCAGAGGCAGUCUUCCGUGUCAAAGCUGUGACGAGAUGUUCCGCCGCGAUCAGCGGACACGGCGAGGCUAUUCUGGCAGCACAAUUCUCUCCAUCCUCGUCUUCGCGUCUGGCUACUGGUAGUGGUGACAAGACUGCACGUAUCUGGGAUUGCGAUACCGGUACGCCUAUGCACACACUCGCCGGUCACACCGGAUGGGUGCUCACAGUCGCCUACUCCCCGAAUGGCGACAUUCUAGCUACGGGUAGCAUGGACAACACGAUACGCUUGUGGGAUGCCCAGACCGGCAAGCCUCUCGGGGGCCCAAUGAAGGGUCACUCCAAGUGGGUGACGUCGAUGUCUUGGGAGCCAUAUCACAUGCAAGAAGUCGGAAGACCCCGGAUCGCCUCUGCUUCAAAAGACGCCACCGUUCGUAUCUGGGAUGUCACCAGCAAGCGCGCUGAUAUAGUCUUGACUGGACACAAGAGCAACGUGUCUUGCGUACGUUGGGGAGGUGCUGGUCUUAUCUACACCGCCUCACACGACAAGACCAUCAAGGUCUGGUCUGCCGAAUCUGGUACUCUCGUUCACACCCUCAACUCACACGCCCAUUGGGUCAAUCAUCUCGCUCUAUCUACCGACUUUGCCCUACGUACCGCCUUCUACGAUCACACUGGCAAGAAGGGCGUUCCGGCGACGCCUGAGGAGAAGCGCGCAAAGGCAAAAGAGCGCUAUGAGGCUGCUGCUGGCGUCAACAACCAAAAGAAUGGUGGAAAGGCUGUCGAGAGACUGGUCUCAGCCAGUGAUGACUGCACAAUUUACCUCUGGACACCUAUGAGCUCAACGAAACCAGUCACUCGUCUGUUAGGCCAUCAGAAACAAGUCAACCACGUCACAUUCUCUCCCGACGGUACCCUUCUCGCCUCUGCUGGAUUCGACAACCUGAUCAAGCUGUGGAACGCUGCUGAUGGAACUUUCCUUUUCACACUCAAGGGCCAUGUUGGUCCUGUGUAUCAAGUCGCUUUCAGUGCCGAUAGCAGACUGCUUGUCAGCGGUAGCAAGGACACUACCCUCAAGGUCUGGGAUGUCAAGACAGGGAAACUCAAGGAGGAUCUGCCUGGGCACAAGGACCAAGUCUUUGCUGUAGACUGGAGCCCAGAUGGUGAUAGAGUGGGCAGUGGAGGUCAGGACAAGCAAGUCCGUGUCUGGAGAAACUGA